AUGGCGAGCAUGAGCCUGGAGCCCCCGGGCCGCCGCUGCUGGGACGAGCCGGUGCGCAUCGCCGUGCGCGGCCCGGCCCCCGAGCAGCCGGUCACGCUGCGCGCGUCCCUGCGCGGAGAAGGCGCGCUCUUGCGGGCCCACGCGCGCUACCGCGCGGACGCCGGCGGCGAGCUGGGCCUGGCGCGCGCGCCCGCGCUGGGUGGCAGCUUCGCGGGGCUCGAGCCCAUGGGGCUGUUCUGGGCCCUGGAGCCCGACAAGCCCUCAGUGCGGCUGGUGAAGCGGGACGUGCGAACACCGUUCGUCGUGGAGCUGGAGGUGCUGGACGGCCACGAGCCUGAGGCCGGGCGGCUCCUUGGCCGGGCGGUGCGCGAGCGCCACUUCCUGCGGCCCGGGGUGCGGCGGGAGCCGGUGCGCGCGGGCCGGGUGCGCGGCUCGCUCUUCCUGCCGCCAGGUGAGGGACCCUUCCCUGGGAUCAUCGAUCUGUUUGGAAGCGGUGGUGGCCUUUGUGUAUGCAGGGCCAGCCUCCUGGUGGGACAUGGUUUUGCUGUGUUUGCUCUGGCUUAUUUAAGAUUUGAAGACCUCCCUGAAUAUUUGAAAGAUAUGCAUGUGGAAUACUUUGAAGAAGCCGUGGACUUUAUGCUGCAGCAUCCAAAGGUAAAAGCCCCUAGCUGUUGGGCUUCCUGGCUUCUCCAAAGGAGGUGA